ACUGACUAUUCGAUAAACACAUUGACCCUGGACGAGAUCAAGAGCUACUGGCCUCUAGAUUGUCCGUCUCCUUUGACUUACAUUCUAUUCUAUCUCCCUGACCGACCUCGACCACGACCACCUCAAUUCGACUAGGUACUACUCAUGCAUCUGAACGUCAACAUAACACGGUCGUGACCUCACGCGUUGUCGAGACAGUUGGUGGACGUGUAGGAGGUCGAUAACAUAACAAGGACCGUUCCCUCGAAGGGUAUAAUUUGCGAUCCUACAAGCUUAAGAAUUGGACAAUUGGGCUUUCCUCCAUACACAACGCUCUUGCAAGCGCCAUGCCUCCUUCCUCGAGCCCGAAUACACGGAGGAGUUCGUCCCAAACCUCACGAGAGCCGCCAUCGAGACUGGAAAAUGUUCGAUUAAGUGUACAUCAGCUAUUCUCUGGACGGUCAAGAGUCGGGACGCUGCCAAGAAGCUCUACACCAGAGAGCCCCAAAACUCCCCGACUAGCUCUGGGGUUGGGAAAUCUACCUUCGACCCGAUUGCAUAUUCCAUACCUCUCGAGGACGAAUACGAUCAGCUCGCAGAGAAGCAACUCCCCUUUAAGCUCUCCACGUUCGAUACGACACCCAUAUACCCCACUAGGUGAUAGGCCUGCUUCAGUCAGCUCUUUACGGCAAGAGGCUCCACAACCUCCUGCUCCUGUAGCGCAAACGGAAACUCGACGAAAUUCUCCUCGAAGAUUUGUUGGUGUUGACCCGGCAGAGCUUCAUCUGGCCGAAUUGGCGGAUACCGGCAGACGAAGGAGAAGGCGGAAGUCUACCAGGACAAAACGAAAGUGCCUACCGAAGAUCAAGAACAAAAAGAUUCGAGCCAAGCUACUGAGCUGCUUCAUUUCUGGUUUGUUCCUGACGCUCGUCUUGACAAUAUACCUCGCCUUGGCUCUAUCGAAUCGAAACGAAAGCCAAGAAUUCCAUGUUCUACUUAUUCUCAUCAUCCUAAUUACGACUAUCUUCUUUUGCCAUGCUUUAAUUCGACUAUGUAUGAUGAUCAUCAAACCACCGGACGACACAGACCAAGUCACGCGGGGUCUACCUGCCAUGGUUGGUCCUGGAGGUUAUGCAAACCCAUCAACACCGAUUCGGGUUGCAUUGGCUCGUGAUGAGGAAGCUGCUGGCAUCGAGAGUGACGCUACCAAGCUGCCUCCUCCAGCUUACGGUCUGUGGCGAGAAUCAGUGAGGGUUGAUCCAAAUCGUAUCUUCUGGCAACGCAAUGAAGGAGCUGCAUUGGAACGCAUCAACUCGGAGCCAGAAGGACCAGAAGGGCGCCCCAUGACUGCCAACAGGCCUCCGUCAUAUCUAUCGGACGACGGGGUGGAUUAUGUUGUGGAAGCUGCUCCAAGAUCUAUUGCUCCAACCACAGAUGUCCCACUACCGCCUCACCCAUCGGAAAGAGGACGUGCCUGGCCGCAAGGCCAUAGUGUCAUUGUAUAACUAUCAUGAUUUUAGUCUCUACGAGCAGUCAUUAGCGAGUUCCAGGAUCUCGAUAUUCAUCAUAGGAGUUAGGAGUUUGAGCGACGUAACUGGACAUGACUACCCGCUUGCAGCGCAACACAUAUUGGAGUUUUAAUGUGGGACUGAGCAUGAAUGAAAGACUCAUUGCAUCUGGGUUCUAUGUAUCAUUAGCACUAGCGAAAGGUCAUGAAUAUAAGUGGCUUGAA